AGGAGGUGAAGGCGAGAGAUUGAGAGUUCACCUACUAAAUAAUUGUCGGGGAAAGGACUUUAUAGUUACAGACAUGGCUGUGAGAACGGGCCCUCGACUGUCUUUUAGAUCUCGGAUUAGACCUUCUUAACAGAGACCUUAAUCGAUUUGGAAAUUUGACUAGUUGCCUUUAUAACUCCGUCAUGUCAUGUCUUUGAAAAUAGCCAAAGAUCCACCAUUUUUUCAUACCUCGAACCAAAGCCAAAAUCAAUUAAUUCUCCUACUUAUAUUAUUAUGAAACGCCAAUCCAUUUGCACUAUUUCGAAGUUUUAUUUAUCGGGCAGCUGAAAUCACAUAAAUCGAAGCAGACGGUCCUACUGCUGCGGUGCAGCACCCAACCGACGAAAAAGACAGAGUGGUCAAAUUUCGAAAAUUUAAUAAAGUUUAAAUGGCAAAAGAUGGGAAAUCGGGAUCCGAGAAAAGCUCUUUGUAAGGUUCGUGGCAGUCGCUGGGCAGCGGCAGGCCUCUUACUAAAGUCGCAGGUGGUGGUGCCGAUGGAGAGGGAGUGACCUCCAAAACGGUGGCGUUUUGGUUUUUUAAAUCGUUUAGGACAUGUUAGCCAUUCUCUAAUUUCUUUAUUUUCUCUAUUGUCAAAACUGCCCCUCUUCUCUCUUCUUUGGUGAUCUCCUGUGAAAUUGUCUCUCAUUUGGUACACGAAACUAUCUUCUUCCAUUUUCGUGCUAGAUCUGGAGUUCUUUUACUGUUCUUCUCGCAUUUCCCAUUUUCGAUGCCUGUCUACUCCAUCCCUACUCAUUUAGAUUUCAAGCUUUCCAAACUUUGAGUGAAAGUUUUCUGAAAAUACAGCUGAUCUUGCCUUCAAAUUUCAAUCUACAUACAGCUUACCAAGACCUGAUCCGCGAGGCAAACUGACCUCAAUUAAGUUUUUGUAUGGUGGAAAGUGAAAGUUUUGGUGAAAAAAUGGUGUUGAAGAGCAUUGUUCGUGAGCUCAAGGAUCUGCGAGAUGGUAUGGGAAGCAUAUCAAGGAGAAGUUCUGAUGGAAAUCUUAAUUCGAUACGGCGGGGGCGGUCAUAUAUCGCUCCUGAAGGUUCUACUACCUCGUCUUCAGUGAUAAUUUGUCAGAGCCGGUGGGCAUAUAUUCCCCCCGAAUUGCUUGUUAACAUAAUUCAACGUGUAGAAGGCAGUGAGACCUCCUGGCCUGCCAGGAGGGAUGUCGUUGCUUGUGCUUCUGUUUGUAAGUCUUGGAGGGCCAUUACAAAGGAGCUUGUUAGGACUCCUGAGCAAUGCGGCUUACUUUCUUUUCCCAUUUCUCUAAAGCAGCCCGGUCCGAGAGAUGCUCCUAUCCAGUGCUUUAUUAGGAGGGAAAGGCCGAUUGGAACAUAUAGACUGUAUCUUGGUCUCAGCCCUGCUCUUUCAGGUGAUACGAGUAAAUUGCUGUUGGCAGCAAGAAAAAUCAGAAAGGCAACAAGCACUGAUUUUCUCAUAUCCUUAGUUGGAGAGGAUUUCACCAAAACAAAUGGUACUUAUGUUGGAAAACUGAGGUCUAAUUUCCUUGGAACCAAAUUCACAAUUUACGACAAUCAGCCUCCAUGUGACCCUGCCAUCCAAUCCAAUUGUAAGUUGCAGCAAAAGAUCUUCCCAAAACAAGUAACUCCAAACAUACCUGCUGGUAACUAUAGUGUGGCCACCUUAUCUUAUGAGCUCAAUGUUUUCCGUACAAGAGGCCCAAGGAGAAUGCAAUGCACCAUGCAUUCAAUUCCUAUCUCUGCUGUUCAAGAAGAGGGCACAGCUCCUACUCCAACAGAAUUCACAAAGUUUUGUGAUGAGCAAUUUUGUACUGUACCAGUAUCAAAGGGAAAGAAGCCACUUAUUGGAUUCAGCUCCAAUAGCCUCGCUGAGCCACUGGAAUCAAUCCUUAGCACUAGGGAUCCUCUGGUUUUGAAAAAUAAAGCUCCUAGAUGGCAUGAGCAAUUGCAGUGUUGGUGUCUAAAUUUCAAAGGACGAGUUACAGUGGCUUCUGUGAAGAAUUUUCAGUUAGUGGUAUCAGCAGAGCCAUCCCAAAAUAUAUCGGUGGCAGAACAAGAAAAAGUAAUUUUGCAAUUUGGAAAAAUUGGAAAAGACAUUUUUACUAUGGAUUACCGUUAUCCCCUCUCUGCCUUCCAAGCCUUUGCAAUCUGCUUGAGCAGCUUUGACACUAAACCUGCUUGUGAAUGAUCAACUGGGAACAUGCUCAUGCUAGUCUUCCCUCCAAUUUCUAUGUACAUAAAGGUUUCGAUGGAAGCACUUUAGGCUUUGAUCAUUGUUGUGAACAUCUUUGUCUGUAGGCAUCUCUUUUAUGUAACUACAGCGAUAACAGUAAUUUAUGUUACCAAAUAUACCAAUGAUCGACAGAAAGACUAUUCCAUGACA